AUGGAUAUUAAAAAUAAUCCACUUCAAGUCGAUAUGAACAUGUUUAUGAAAUCUAAUAGGGAAUCGAAGAAUUUGAGACAUUUUAUGUCGCUUGCUGAACGUCAUGUGCAAUAUAUUCGUGAUGAAAUGCAAAAGGAAUUAUCUAAUCGUACAAUUAUUGUGUCGCAAUCUGCACAACAAAAUGCUCAAGAUUUAGGAUAUUUAGCAAAUGCACAGCAAUUUGUUGCUUCUCCACAAAGUCCAUAG